AUGGUGAUCUGUUCCCAAACCUUUCCACUUUCUCUUUUUUUGAUAGGAACUUUGAUUAUUUUUGUUAGUUUUAAAUGGUUUUCACAAUCUAAAACAAAGAAAAACACACCACCAUCUCCACCAACACUUCCUAUAAUUGGAAACUUUCACCAACUUGGAUCGAGCCCACGUCGGGCUUUACGAGAUUUGUCUCAAAAAUAUGGUCCACUCAUGCUACUUCACCUUGGAAGCGUACCCACACUUAUCGCUUCCUCGGCUGAAGUAGCCCAAGAGAUCAUGAAAACGCAUGAUUUAGCGUUUUCUGAUCGACCAAGUUUAAGUAUUCCAGAUAUAUUGUUUUAUAAGUCUAAAGACAUAGCGUUUUCUCGUUAUGGAGAAUAUUGGAGGCAAUUAAAGAGUAUUGUAGUACUCCAUCUUCUAAGUAAUUCUCGAGUGAAGUCAUAUUCAAAAGUUAGAAAAGAAGAGACGAGUCGUGUGAUUGAUGCACUUGGAGAUAGCCCCGGUUCAUCGGUUGAUAUGAGUGCAUUGCUAGGGAUAUAUACAAGUAAUGUACUUUGUAGGGUUGCCUUUGGUAGGACAUAUGAAGGUUUAGGAUUUACAAACAAGUUGAAAAAAUUUGUAAAUAUGUUGGGUACUUUUUGUGUUGGUAGUUUUAUUCCUUGGUUGUCAUGGAUAGAUCGAUUAACCGGUCUAAAGGGGAAAGCAUAUGAAAUUUUUAACGAACUUGAUCGGUUCCUAGAAGGCGUUAUUAAAGAACAUCUACAUAAGAAAACAGGAGAGGCAGAUGAUCAAGGUGAAGAAACACAAGACUUUGUUGAUAUCUUAGCCGAUAUUCAAAGAGAAAACGCAACCGGUUUUAGCCUUAGCGAUGAUACCUUAAAAGCCGUCAUAAUGGACGUAUUUGUUGCUGGUUCUGAUACCGUAUUCUCAAGUUUAGAGUGGGCAAUAAGUGAGCUAAUAAAGCACCCAAGAGUAAUGAAAAAGUUACAAGAAGAAGUAACAAAGGUAGCACAAGGAAAGCCCAUGAUUCCGGAGGAAGAUUUAGACGAAAUGAAGUACCUUAAAUCCGUUGUGAAAGAGGCUUUGCGUUUGCACGCUCCGCUUCCAUUACUUCUAGCUAGAGAAGCAAGACAAGCCGUCAAUCUCAUGGGAUACGACGUUCCACCAAAAACACAAGUGGUCAUAAAUGCUUGGGCAAUUGCAAGAGACCCUGCCUCAUGGGAAGAACCCGAGGACUUUAAGCCAGAGAGGUUUUUGAACAGUACCGUUGACUAUAAAGGAAUUCACUACGAAUUUCUUCCAUUUGGCGCUGGUCGUAGAGGAUGCCCCGGUCUUUAUUUUGGCAUAACACUUAUUGAGGUCAUUUUAGCUAACAUUGUAUACAAAUACGACCUUACAUUACCAAAUGGAGUUAAAUCUGAGGAUUUGGACAUGACGGAGGCAGAUGGCAUCACGGUCCAAAGGAAGUUUCCUUUGUUGGUUGUGUCAAGUCCUCGGGUUUAA